CGAUGUGUCUCCGUGCUGCUUCCACACGGCAGCGUCCUAACCAAUGGCCCUAAAUACUCCCAAGCGCCUCAAGACGGCUGUGCCGCCAUGCGCAAAUUACUUAAGCACACCACCACCAUCGGUAAGCAUCGGAUCACCGCCACCGAUCGAGACACCCUCAGCGCCCGCCGCUCACGGUCAGCAGCUUCAGCUGGGCGUGCUGAACACGUCCGCCCAUUCGCAACACUCCACCUGGAACCAAAACAACAACUGGUUCGGUGACGCGACCAGUCCGGCAUCAAGCUGCAGCUCACCGGAUGGACAUCAGAAUCGCAGCUACGGUGGGCAUAACUCGUCCGGCACUCCGCUCACCUGGAACACUUCCAGCAGUGGAUCGGCGGAAAAGUCGGAAAACAAACGUGGCCGGCCACGUUCCGAAGCGCUGACGACGCUCAUGGUUGAGGGUUCGAUAUCGCCGUCCGCUAUUAAAUGCCGCUACUGUAAUCGAGUUUUCCCGAGAGAAAAAUCAUUGCAGGCGCAUCUACGCACACACACAGGUGAACGUCCCUACCCGUGCGACUAUCCUGGCUGUACCCGUGCCUUUACACAGAGUGGACAGUUGAAAACACACCAACGGCUGCACACUGGCGAACGGCCCUUCAUCUGCUCGGUCGCUCACUGUGAGAUGCGCUUCACACACGCCAACCGGCACUGUCCCGAUCAUCCGCACGAUACGCUCAAACGGUGCGAUGAUUUUGUAAUACAGACGGUACCGGAACAGAACGUUGAGGUACUUAAAUGGUUGGAGAAGUAUCGGGCCGAGCGCGAGGAUCGUACACCAACGCGAAAAACGCCCAAACGCAACAACACCGCCAACGGUGGUGGAGCAUGUGAGAAUGGAAGUGGUACCACAGCCGGGAGCGUACCCCAGCACGAAAAUGAAAACCGUCGAUCGUAUUUGGCACCACGUAAUGCGAACAAUGAAAACCAUCUGCCCAUGGUUGGUGCUGUUAAUGGCAGUGUAUUGGCAGAUUCGAAUAGCAGUGCUGGACACGAUAGCAAUCAGCUCCUAUCGUCCCCGGUUACACCGAUUAGUUCGUACAAAUCCAGCCGUAAAGGGCUGAUGGAUAUGAAUGCAUGCAUGAGCCUUACAAGUCCGGUAACGUCAAAGUUGAAGAAUUCACGUCCAAAGCUAAUUCACUGGCAGGAGCCGACCAGCCAGGAGGAGGAUGAAUCUGGCGACGAAUGUUUGGUUCCCUCCAAACAAUCCACGUUCAACCCGAAGAAGAAAUGGUUGCGCGAUGCUUGGCAGGACGAUCUCGCCAAACCGCUCGAACCAAAUUUGAUCUCGCAAAAGCUUUUCUCUUCGACGACCUCCACGAUGGCUUUGAAGCAACAGUUGCAGCAGGAAAGUGUGACCACAAUUUCACCUGCAAAACGGCAGCUGCUUGGUGUGACGGGCCAUAGCAAACCAUUGCCACGUAUGGAAGGAUUUAGCAAUAUUUCUACCCAACCGGCACCGGUGCCUUCCACCAUGGCACCACCACCACCGUCGGGGGAAGCGCAGCUAGAUGCUUUAAUUGAUCCCAACCAAACGCGACCAACGGUUUUGAUGGUGGCCAGCAAGGAUUGUGCCCGUCCACUGUCGGAUAAGCCGGCAGCAGCAUUACAACCCAACGAAACCGUUUCAAGCUUUAUCGAGCUGAAUACUAGCAGCCUCACACCUAAACCGGAGGAAACGAGCCGUAAGCUGCAGGGAGCGCUAGCUUUAAUACAACUCGCCGCCAAGGACGAACUGUUGAGCGAUUCGUUCGACGUGUCGAACGUGGAGGAAACAUUUAAAUCCACUUUGUACGGCAACGAAACGGCACUUUCUUGCGCAGCACAAGGAGCGAACGGUCACAUGCUGCUGGCGGAUGAAUAUGCCGCCGAGGUAAACGGUUUGGGACGAUAUUCGUAG